CAUCAAGUCCACUUAAACAUGGAGAGACCAAACACUGAAUCUGUUUUGAAGUUUGUCAAGAACACUUCACAGUCUUCAUCUCAUUGGAGUAUUAUUGAUUCUAAAGGAAUGAUAAAAGAUGUACUCAAAGACAAGUUUUAUGACAAGACUAAGGUAAGGAGUUCCCCUCAAAAAAACAAGACUAAGGCUUCAAGAAAAUCUCCUACCAAAGAAAAUACUAGACCAAAAGAAUUCAAACUCCACACUCAAGAAAGAGCAGUCAAACGUGCAAUAUUCAACUACGAAGUGACAACAAAAUUAUAUCUCAUGGAGUUGCAAAAGAGACAAGAAGAGAAGUUGAUGAAGAUGAUUGAAGAGGAAGAGAUACGUGUGCUAAGGAAGGAUAUGGUUCCAAGAGCUCAAUUAAUGCCUUAUUUUGAUAAGCCAUUCUCCCCAAAUAGAUCAAGCAGAACAGUUCCAAGAGAAUCAUGCAUCCACAUGAUGAGUAGCAAGUGUUGGAGCUGUGCUUUUGGCAAUGGAUUCUACAACAUUGACCAAUGUGGUCAUCAAACUCUCAACAACUCCAUUGGAUAGUUUUGUCUUGUCAAAUUUUAUUUAAUUUAAUAACAAGAUUUAAUGAUUCAAUGGUGGAAAAAUAAAUUUAUCCAA